AUGGCUCAAAGUCCAGAUUCAAUAGCACAACGAAAGAAAACAUCAUUGAUCGGAUCACUAGUCAGCGCAUUACAAACAGAUGAGAAAGCUAAAGGAAAAAAAAAGGAAGAAGAUAAAAAAGGUUUAUCACGAAAGGAACUUUUUGAUGAGAUGCUCAUGUUUAUGAUUGCUGGUUAUGAAACGACGUCUAUCGCUCUUGCUUGGUCUAUUUAUCAGCUAAGUAAACAUCCACGAGUUCAACAAAAGAUCAAAGCAGAGCUAAUACAGUAUAGAUGUAGUCAAUAUUUAUCAUUGGAUCAUCUCGACUCACUUAUUUAUUUGGAUUGCUUUAUCAAUGAAGUACUUCGUUAUACUCCAACGAUUGAUGGAACAAGUCGCACAGUGAUCGUUGAAGACUGUCUACCCAAAAGCGGUACUCGACUCUACAAAGGUAAUCAAGUACUCAUUCCGACAUCUGCUCUAGCUCGAGAUGCUCGUCACUGGAAAAUCGAUCCUGAUUUAUUCUAUCCAGAAAGAUUUCUUAAUGAAGAUAAAAAUCAUCAUCCAUAUGUAUUUCUACCAUUCGGAAGUGGCCAUCGUCAAUGUCUCGGACAAAAUUUGGCUCAAUUAGAACUCAAAGUAAUUCUAGCUCGCAUGCUGCAACAAAUAACUAUCGAUGAUGGCGGUCCUGAAGUCAAUGGAGGCGGAUAUAUUCAAGCAUUGACUAUCAUGCCCAAACAUGUCGGAGUUACUGUUGAAUUCAACUGA